AUGUUGUCCUUCCUACGAGCCCCCCAUCCGCCUCGGACGAACAAUGCAUCGAAAGAUCUCACUAUCUACGAAAAUGGCACCUCGUCUGUGCAAUAUCAUAAGAAGGGAAGCGACUACAUGAUGACACACACUAUACCACCUACCGACCCCAAAGACGGCCCUUCGAUUAUACAACCGCCUUUCCACUACCACAUCUAUCAGACCGAGAAGUUCCGUGUCACUCAAGGCACCGCCCACAUGUUUUUUGGUCUAGACAAGAAGCCUAAAGCAAUACUUAGUGCGAAGGGCGGUAGAAGCUCAGCAGUCUUGGGUCCAUGCAGAUACCACCGAUUCGAGAACGCGAGCUCGACGGAAGACUUGAAGAUCAAUAUCCAAUUGGAACCUGAAGACUAUGAGAACGAGCAGCGAUUCUUUAGGAACUUCUUUGGAUACCUGGAUGAUUGCAAACGGAACAAGACACCACCCAGCAUCUUCCAGCUGUUCGUUUUCUUGCAUUCGGCGGACACUCCGCUGGCUGUGCCCAUGCCGUUUGGGUUGGAGACUUUGGGCAUAUAUGUGAGCAGGGUGUUACUAAUUGUCGUUGCUUAUGUUGGCCUGUAUGUAUUGGGCUACCAGCAGAGCUACCCUGAGUACUACGACAGCAGCAAGAGCAGAUAG